GAGUUUUAACAUGCUAGCAUGAAUGCACUUUCUGGUCAGGAGAGAGAGCGGAGAAAAAUGUCAUCCAAAAAAAUUUCAGCUGUUGAUGAUGAGGCAGACGUGUUUGAAAUUACAGAUUUUACAACAGCCUCAGAAUGGGAGAGAUUUAUUGCCCGUUUGGAAGAGAUUAUUCAUGAAUGGAAACUUGUGAACCACGAACCUAGGCCACCAGCUAUGAAGGAUCAGUAUAAUUCUGGGGCUUGGGGAGAAAAAUCUGAGGAAGUGUCUUUUGCAGAUUUCAGAUUUACUUGCAGUUAUUUUUAUUUGAAAACAAAUGAAGAGUUUACUACUACAAAUGUAAAUGCUAAACGUGAGGAUGUGGAGGAAGUUGAUGAGGAUCAUAAAACUCCAACAGUUUUUCUGGAUCUAAUGAACUUUGAAAAUGAUUUCCCAUCACAUGGUCACUAUCUAUGUAGAUGGUAUGGACUUCAAGAAUUCUUCACCCUCAUGCCAAUCAGUGAAAAACAGUUGAUUGAGACAGAGGGCAAAGCAAAACUUCUUCUCAGCUCUGCCUCCAUAGCACUGGGAAACACAAACUGUAGCAUCCCAUUUUUUAUACAGCUUCAUCACAAGUGGAGAAAGCUGUUUACAGGCACAUCGCUGGUGCGCGGGGCAACUAUUGAAUUUGAAAUGUCUCACCUACGAAGAUUGCCUCCCCAAUACUGCCACCUUGCUGGCCUUUUAGACGUGUUUAAAUCUAAGUUAGGUUGUGUAUACAUAUCCAUGCCUCCCGUGUCUGUAUCUGUCAGGUUCACAUAUAUUCUCAAGGACUGGUUUCAUUCUGACUGGCCACAGAUGCCUCCAGAUUUUACUUCUAUAUGCGAUGGAGAAGUUGGGUAUGGCGAUAUUGAUUUUCUUCCUUUUGGAGCAUGCUCUGAUCCAAUAAAUGAGCUCCAGUUAUCCUGUACCUGGCCAUGUCUAUCUGAGGAUAUGAUAGUUGAAAACAGCCUUUAUUCGGAUUUGGACCCUUUGCAAGCUCCACAGUGGACUGUGAAGCUCCAGAUGACGGAAGACCCUCAAUGUUUGCUGGGCGAGUUCCUCAGAGACUUUAUCAAGCUGUGCGAUAGGAUAGAGAGCACAGAAGAUGUUCUGAAAAGAGUGGUUGUUGAAAGUGAUGGUGAUAAACAUGGGGCAGACAUCACCCAUGCAUUGCAAAGACUUACAGAGCCUGUACCUGCUCUCUCAUCUCUGCCAUCACUGGGCAAUGUCAUGUCAACAGCAACCUCAAGGAUAAAAUUUAAACCAGACGAGGCCCCUAUCCCAGAUGUCCUUCUAGAUAAAAUUAUUUACUUCCUCUUCCCUGAUGCCAAAAUUCCCAGAAGCCAGAGUAGUACCAAAUCUCUGUCUUCAACCAAACGCAAAGAAUCCAAUGUUUCUUCCACACCAACAUCAUUGACAUCAUCCAUGUCUGAGCAGGUUGGAGAUGAAGAGAGAGACAGAAAAUCAGAAACUGAAAGAGUAGCUGAAAUUUUGGCAGAAGUUAAUAAACAACUGAAAGCUGCACCAAUAGACAGCUUGACCCAUAAGCUAAGUUUGGCUCUAUGUAACGUUAAUCAUAACUUUGGUGGCUUGCUUGGUGUGGCACAUUUGUGGCAGGAAUUCAUUCUGGAAAUGCGAUUUCGUUGGGAAAACAAGCAUCUAUUAUGCAAUGUUGACAAAGGAACACCAAAUAUGGGCUCUUGUAUUUUACACCAAAAACUUCAAAUGUUAAACUGCUGCAUAGAGUGUAAGAUUAAGAGAGAGUCUGCUGGUUACGGCUAUGGUGCAGAUUCUCUAAACAUCCAUGAUGCAGGUUUUGACUCUUACACAGACAUUAAAAACAUAUCUACUGAUGGCUUAAGUGCUGCUGCAAUGAAGCGAUUGAGCAAGACAGCCAGCCUCCUAAACUCAAGUGAUGACGAUGAAGAGUUUUUUGAAUGCCACGAAGAAGGCGAUGAUGGCAAAGAGGGGGGAGGAUUGUCAGCCAGAAGUGAAGCAGAUGAAACAAACAAUGGGGAAGAAAAACAUUCCAACUCUGCGGAUGUGGCUGGGUCUGAGAGCCAAGACACUGGGGAUAAAUUAGCAAGCGGGCGCAUGAAAACUAGUGAAGACUCAAGCUUAUUCAAAGACUCACUAACCCAUCGCCCAGAAGGCAGGUUGGUGCCUAUGAAAAAUGUAUUUUUACUAACAAAUGGAGAGCAGCUGUAUAUCCCUAUAACACAAGAGCCCUCACCAAUGACUGAGGACAUGUUGGAAGAACAUGCAGAGGUUUUAGCCAAAUUAGGGACGUCCGCAGAGGGUUCACAGAUCCGAGCUCGCAUGCAGAGUGCCUGUCUUGUUUCUGAUAUGGAAUCUUUCAAAGCUGCAAACCCUGGCUGUAUCCUGGAAGAUUUUGUCAGGUGGUACUCUCCUAGGGAUUAUGUGGUUGAGGGGGAAGAAACUGAAAAUGGGGGAGAGCAAGAAGAAGAAACUAGUGAAGGAGAAAUAAACAAACCCCUGGUUCCAAAACGAGGACACCUGAGCCAACGAAUGCAGAUCCCUGGUAAUAUGUGGGUUGAGGCAUGGCAGAGCGCUAAGCCAGUUCCAGCUCGGCGCCAGAAGCGAUUGUUUGAUGACACUAAAGAAGCUGAAAAAGUGCUUCAUUACUUGGCUUCUAUGAAACCUGCCGAAGUAGUUCUCCAUUUAAUGCCGUGUGUUGUGCAUGCUGCCAUUGUAAAACUGGUUGAAGAGUCUAUCCAGACUAGUGUCCCCAACGUUAAAUCUAUUAUUGAUCCAAUCAUAUCAAAGGCCGCCAAAGUGACCAGAAAUUUUUCUCUUGAUAAGAAAAAAUAUUCAGAGAUCCUUCGGUUAAUUGAACUUGCAGAGAUUGUAUCUGCUCGUACCACAUCCCUGCGAUCAAAGUUUACAAGUGAUCACCUGUCAUGUCCGGAACAGGAGGGUAAGGAGGAAGAAAUUGAAAGGUUCGUCACCGCUUUGUUAACACAGUCAGAAGUUGCUGUCACAGGGGGAGCUUGUGGUCCAGCUGGAGCCAUCAUACAUAAAAUGUUUAUUGCAGCUCAGAGAGCUAAUAAUAUGAUUUUGGAUGACGAGGACAACGACGAAGCCUUGAACCUGGAUAAAUCAAGCAACCACAGAGGCCACCUAACCACAGCCUCAGAGGUGCGCUCGUCCGCUUCAUGCUCUGACUUUCCCUCUGCAGCCCUGAGAGAGUAUAUUCUAAGAGCUAUGGUCCCUAGGCCUGCCCCCUACUCUAAAGUCCUGCCUCAGAGAAUGUACUGUUAUCUUGUAGAUGGGGACAACAGGCUUGCAGGGGCUUUUACAGCAGACUCAACUUUCCAAUAAGCCAGAAAUCAGGCUAUAUUACUACAGCCCACUGUACAAGAUCUUCCAACACUAUUUAGUAGUGCAAUAUUUUAAAAUGUUUUCUUCUCUAAGGUAAAACAAGAUUUCAACAGUAACAUUUAACUUGCACAUAGCUAAUUUAAGACUUAUAACAAUGUUCUAACAAUGAUUAGAUCACACAUUAUAACUUGCACCUGUUGUUUUAAUUUGUAAUAAAACAAAUUAAAACUCGUAUCUUUGUAUCAUUAUCUUCAGCCACCUGAAACCCUCUUUUUUUUGUCAAUUAUCUGAAAAUUAAAAAUGAAUUGUGCACUUUAUAUUAUGUAGACACAAGGUUGCAGGCUUUUAGCUUUUCAGUGUAGAUAACACAAUUCAUGCAUAAAAAGUGCAUGCAUUUUUUAUUUUUAAGUACAAUUACCUAGUUGUUUGCACUUAUUUAUCAAGUUACAUUUUUCUUGUGAUAUCUCAGUAAGCCUUACUGAGUAAGCCAUACUACCACUCCUAAUUUAUAUAAGAAAACAUUUUCAUGACAUUAUUUUUUUAAAUAAAUUUUUUUUUUAUUUAUUGUAUUCAUUGUUUUUGUGAUUGUUUUAAACCACUUUCCAUUCACUCCUAUGAACAGUUAUUUCCAUAUUUUUCUCUUUUCCAAGUCUACAAAUAUUUUUCCAGAAAUGUAGGGUUUUAAAACUAAUUAACUAUAUAAAUAAAUGUAUAACAAUACUCUAACUGUAGAAGGGAACAUAACUGGUACUGGUACAUAACCAAGUCUCCCCCAUAUAGAGCAUCCACUCUCCCAUAGUACUAGCCAUGUAUACCUGAUUUAACUUUGUGUUGUUAGUAAACUCUUUCAGACCAAAUGGGAAGAUGCAUUUGAGUUUGUGUGAUAGCUGUGGUGAUCAGCAUCAUUUUCAGGAGCAGUCAGCUUCUACAAACUACAACUUAUGCUGCUGGGUACAUUUACAAAUUGGGUAGACUCAGAUACAAAAGCCAGGAAACUUAUUGGAGACCUUUGGGUUUUUAAGGUCAACAGAGAAAAUAUUGUUCUGAAUUGUUAUUAUUGAUUUAUUUAAAUCUAUUUUAAAUGUAUAUAUUUUAAUCUAAUCUGACUUCCUAAACGUAAAGGUUUAUGCAACAUUUGAUUGUAUUACUUAAUUCUGAUUGUAAUUUGUGACUGAUUAUAAUCUGAACGAAAUUUGGAAUUUGAUCCAGGGCUUAUGGUAUCGUAUGUCACUGUUGUGAUGGUGAUUUGAAUGUUCGUAACACAGACCAAUUUCAGCUUUUUGCAAGUGUGUUGCUGUGUAAUGUGAUAGAUAAAACACAUUAUUAUUUAUUGCUUGUCUAAUUUAUUGUGAUCCUAACAGCAUUUUUUUUUUUGGAAAGUACUUACCCUGGUUAAACUAAAGAUGACUUGUGUAUUUGAGCUAGCUAGAUCUGCUUGUAGUAAGGCAUUCCAAGUAGAGUGGGCUAGUUUAAGAUUAGAUGCUCAACUAAGCUAAUUAGUUACUAUCAUUCAUGUAAAUCUUGUUUUAAUUGCAGUAGAUUAACCUAAUAGGCACCUAAUAAAGCACUGAGCUUUGAAUUGUGUACACAUAUUUUAGUCAUCAAAUGUCUAAAAAGUUAUAAAAGGUGAAUUGCUUCUGUAGAGUUCAUCAUUGAGGGUGUCAGUUAAGGAGGGUUUUUUUUUAAACAAUAGAGAAAGGCAUCAAAUUUGUGCCUUGGUUGAAAUGUUUUUUUCACAGGAUUUAGGUUAGGGCUUGUUUAAUUUACAUUGUAUUUUUGGGUUAUAUAAGUAUGAGCCAUAAUUAAAAUUUGAUUAAUCAGAUUGUAGUGUGUACAAGAAAACUUGAUUUUUUCAUAAAACAGAUAACAUACAUUGGUGUGGAGCAUCAGAAAGUAAAAAUUCGUUUUUGAUAAAUGUAGGUGAAAAAUAAUUUUUUUCUCUUUUUUUUUCGCUUGUCCAUCCAGUUAUUUUAAAAGUAUAUACAUUUUAAUGUUGCACAAUUUUAUGCUAAUGUUUGCACAGUUAAAAACUUCAACCCUUUGUAAGUUACAUGCAACAUGUAUUAAUAGCAGUAACUUAACUUAAGCUCACAUUGGUUAUAGAUUUUAUCUCUUAAUGUGAAACAUUUUAAAUCGGUUUCCUUUUCAGGUUAUGCAAACAGUUUAUUAAGUCAAAAAUGUUUUUAAUAAAGUAUAAUAUCUUGUUGAUUCCAUUUCAGUUUCCACAAACUAAGAUGUAUUUCUAAUAAAGUUUGAAAAUUUUCAUCCAAUUCCCAUCCUUUGCCCCAUUGAAUGUCAUUAUGACUUCACAUUCCAUAAACUGUAAACCCCUAUUAGAUUGCUGGUAAUGCACACUUAACUUGUGCUUUUGGGACUAGCAGCUCCACAUACUAAACUUACUUCUGUGUCCCAUUUUAAAGCAGAUGAUUAGAAUAAGUAUAGAUGAUUAGAUGAAUAGAUUUUUUUAGAUAAGACUUAGCAAAACUGAUGUGCAUAAUUUAUGCAAUGUAUAUUUUAGGUUUUUGUAUAAUGUGAGAGUGAAGUUUUUUAGCUGAUAUAUUAGAACUGGUAUUGUUUAAAUUAACAUAAAACUAUGGAUGAUCAAACUGAUCUUUAGGUGGAUUAAGAUAAUAAAGCUGAAAAGUUGUUUUUUUCUUUAGUAAGCUCCACUGCAUUACUAAUUAUAUCUUUAUCCAUAGUAGUUUAAGAAACAGAAUGAAGUUAUUUCUGUAAUUUCCAACUUUAUAGUGCAGUGAGUUCAUUAAUGUUAUAAAACUAAGAGAACAAAAAAAAACAAUUUUGACCUUAAAAGUGUAGGUGGUGGUGAAUGAAGAAAGCCUGUUUUCAUUGUUUGCUUAUACUUUUUGAAACUUGUCUUUUUUUUGUGUAAAAAUAAUCAUUUAAUAAAUGAUUGAU